UUAUUCUAACAAGAUAGGAAGAAGAAAAGUUUUCCAAAAAGUUUGUUUUCAACAUUCCUUCGCACUAGAUAUUCUGAUUAAGUUUCGCGAGUGUGAAGUAAAACCCUUUUAUUUUUGUUGGAAAAUGCUCUUAAAAUACUGAAGAACUUUUCCUGUGCCUGAUUCCGUAGUUUGCAGUUCUCAAUUACAUAGUUAUUAUAAAUAUUUUCUAUCAGUGAAAAUUUAUGUAUAAAGAAAGCGAGCGCUUGUAACAAAACAAAAAGAAAAUGCAUAGAAGAAGUGACAUAGUGAUUUCAAUUAAGGAGCGACUGAGUAAAGUGAGUGAGUAAUAUCGAGACAGGCAGAUGCGUGUUUGACUAAGCCAAUAAAAGGAGUACCCAGUGUAGUGGCACCGAUUCUGCUCUUUAGAAAAAUUAUAAGUGAAAUAAACGGAAAACCCUCAUACUGGAGUCUCAAUACCAUCUUAAAUUAUCACAAGGCAGACACGAGCACAUCCGUUAUUAUGCCACGCAACGGUGAGCCUUCCGGCUUGGAUAAGAGCUUCAAUAAUAAAUCGACACCCGACUGGCUACAUCCAGAUCAUGUCAUUAUGAAUGAAGGUGUCACAUUCGAUGUGCGGUACAUUGGCUGUCUGGAGAUCAGAGCAUCGAUGAAAACGUUAGACUUUGCCACACGAUCACAGGUAGCAAAAGAGUGCAUUAAUCGAGUAUGCGAGGCAGCCAGCUUAAAAUGCUCCAAGAAACGACGUGUAGGCAGGCGGGUAUUACAGUGUAUAUCCGACACCCCGCAGAUGGAACACGCGGGAACCAAUGUUACACUGACCGUUUCGAGCAAGUACCUUUCGCUGGUGAGCGUUGAGAAUGGGGAUGUGAUCGCCCAGCACGAUAUGCCACGGAUAUCGUUUGCCUCCGGUGGUGAUACGGACACGCUUGACUUCGUGGCGUACGUAGCAAAAGAUAUGGAAGAGUGGCGAGCGUGCUACGUAUUGGAAUGUGGUGGAGGGGUAGCACAGGAUCUGAUAGCAACCAUUGGGCAAGCGUUUGAACUGCGAUAUAAAGAAUUUUUCAAUAAGCCCGAAACGCAAAACAAAUUCCGAGAAUUUGUCAAAACUGAUAAAGAGUAUUACAACGACCUUCCGGAUAAGAUGCCGCCGGAUUUGCUCACGGAAAAUGAUCAUUCGUCGCAGUCGCAAAGUUCCUCAAGCGUGAGGACACGUGAAAGGAUUUCUAGUAAUCUGAUAGAUCUGAAUACACCACUCCCAAAUCAUGAUUACGUAAACGACAAAAAUUCUAAUACAAAUUCGCACAGCAAUAAGUCGAUAUCUUCCAGUUCGUUAGUAAAGGAUGUUUUUGAUAUGCAACCUUUUGCAAUUUCGUCAGAAGUGCAAAAAUCCCAGCUGUUAACUGAAUCGUGGUACCAUGGUAACAUAAGUCGUGCACAAAGCGAACAUUUGCUGAAAAGCGAUGGUGAUUUCUUGGUGCGAGAAUCCGCGGGAACACCGGGUCAGUAUGUGCUUACUGGGAUGCAAAGCAAUUCGCCCAAACAUCUGCUGCUGAUAGAUCCAGAAGGGAUUGUACGAACCAAAGACCGAAUUUUCGAAAGUAUCAGUCAUCUAAUUAACUACCAUUGGACUAAUUCGUUACCGAUUAUAUCAGCUGAAAGUGCCCUCCUUCUGCGACAUCCGAUUCUCCGGACAACUGAUCUUCUCUCGAAGGCAAAACAACAACAACAGCAGCAGCAGCAGCAACAACAACAAUCGCAACAGCAGUCACAUCUAGGGCUCAACUGAGGGUGCGAGUGCCAGUGCUGUUCCCACGGCGGCCAAUCUCCAGAACGCAACGUUCCACAACAACAACAUGGCUGUAGUAGCAGUAGUGGCAGUUACAAACACGGGAAAAAGUAAAGAUAUACUGUUUUGUAAAAAUGACUUGAACAAACAAAAAGAACUGUAAAUCGUAAACUCUAUAGAUCCUAUAUUUUCCAUUUACUUAUACUCUACUACCGUUGAAAAAAAACAGGCAAGGCAAACGUUCCAGGAUAUAAAGGGGGGAAGAAAAUCACAUAAAAAGAAGCAAACUUUUAUGGUACAUUCUAUAUUGUUCUGAUACACGCAUGUUGUAAAACAUACAAACGAAUAACAUUUCGAAAAAAAUACCAAGAGAUUAACAAGAUUAUAUAAUAAUUACAAAACAUAUUCUACUGCAUGCAGGUGAACGAAAUCAGAUAUUUAAAAAAUAAUUAGAAACUAGUAGAUUUCUUCAAUCAACAGAACAAACAUAAAAUUAAUAGUAUUUAAAAAAUGAAGAAAAAAUCUGAAAAAUACUAAUUAUAUAUUGUUAUUAAUUACAGUGCCGUUGGUUGAGAAAAUAAUUGAACAUACAAAUUCGUAGAGAAAUUUAUUUUUGAUCGUCAUAUUUUAUUACUCUACUUUACCAACACAAGAAAAAAUUACAUAAAUACCGCAAUCUGUGUGACAAAGUAUUCAAAUAACAAUUUCAUUCUAGUAAUAGGAACAUUUACUGAUUCCAAACUGUAAACAGCAAACAAGUUAAUCUACUGAAACGCGCAAAACUUAAGUUUUUUUUCUAGUCUCUUUGAGUGCGGGAGUUUGAGUUCAGCUGGCUGGAUGAUUCCGAACUAUUUAAAGAGUACGCGCAUGCAUGAAGCAUUGACUAGUUUGUUAUUACUAACUAAUAGACGGUAACGAUUUACCGGUGAUAAACUGAAACUCACUCGUUUACAUUCUAGAUACAAGCAGUCGUAAGAACACAAAUUAUAAUUUGACACUCGAUAACAGCAAGCAAAAAAAAGCACAAAUGAAGAUCCUUACCAGUGAAGAAAGGUCGAACUAAAUGCAACGCAACAUUUAUCAAGUUACUAUAUGACAGGAAAGGACAGCAAAAAGUUGCUUGAAAUAAAUAAUACAAAAGUACAUAA